AUGACCAAACACCUCUUGCUCAUGCUCCAAAUUCUCUAUGUCCUCCGAAUUUUUCGAACCCAGAUGGUUAUUCAAACAUCUCCAGUCCGUUCGAUCUAUCAAAACCUUCGUAUCCACCACGUUUUCCAAAUCCGCGAAAUUCUCCUCCUCCACAUGGCCCACGAAGUCCUCCACUUCUACUGUUGUUUAGGUUUCUCGCCUUUUUUUUACAAUUCAAGGUUUUUGCAAUUCAAGGUUUCAAUACGGUGUCCGCUCUUCCACGCUCAAAAUAUUUUCAAUUCUAAAUUGGAAAAAUAUGAAUGUACCUUUAAAUACUACAGUAACCCGCUCCUCGUUAACGUAAUUAUACUCUUUGGUUUGCGGAUUUCUGUCUGGAAAUGGUUGUACCUCACAUGA